AUGAGAUCUCUCACAUACCGGGGCAUCAUAGCCGUCCAAGUUGCAAACAAAAAUCAUGAAGAUAGUCCAGAAGAUGACAAUCGCUUACAAAGACUGGCUCGAGAAUUUAUAUGCACUAGGAGAAAGGAAGAUUGGUGUAACAACUUUACCUCCAAUAGGUUGUAUGCCAUCAUCACGAAGUUUGGUUAUCAUCCAAAUAAACGUGUAGAAAGAAUAAACAAUGUAGCCUUAGAUUUUAACAAAAAACUUAACUUCACUACCGAAAACCUGAUAAAAAAGCAUCCUGACGUCAAAUUGGUCAUCUUUGACAUCUACCAACCUCUAUAUCAGCUUAUUAUCAGACCUUCUGAUUAUGGAUUGUUUGAAGCAAGGAAGGGUUGUUGUGGGACAGGCUUGCUAGAGGUUGCUAUAUUAUGCAAUAAAAUAAGCAUAGGAACAUGUGCGGAUGCAUCAAAAUAUGUAUUCUGGGAUAGUUUUCAUCCCACAGAAGCUAUAAAUAAGAUUAUGAUGGAUCAUUUGAUUCCUGCUGCAACCUCCCUUUUAUAUUCUAACCAGACAGUUCGCUAGAAGUCAUUUUGUACAAAACAGGCAAGGAAUGCUUAGCUUUAGGUUUGUUAACUGAUAAGGAGGUUUUGGUCUAAUCCCCUCCUUUUUUGGCUCUUGUUUGUUUGCUUUUCUUUUCUUAAUAUAUUUGGGGCAGUGUAGCUCUCCGCACUAUC